CAAAGCUAAAGAAUUAAGGCUUUGACAUAUCAAUAUUCUCCUUCAUUCUCAGGAACAUUUAGUUCUGGUCUUCUGUGGGUCUUUAUUGCCACAUCUAGUGCUUUUGGAUGAAAACAUGGCAUCUAGCCUAACAUGCACAGGUGUGAUCUGGGCACUGCUCUCCUUUCUCUGUGCUGCUGCCUCCUGUGUAGGAUUCUUCAUGCCUUAUUGGCUUUUGGGAUCUCAAAUGGGGAAACCCGUGUCCUUUGGCACUUUCCGGAGAUGCUCAUAUCCAGUACAUGAUGAGAAUCGGCAAACGAUGGUGAUGGUGGAGGAAUGUGGGCGCUAUGCCUCAUUUCAAGGUAUCCCCAGUGCAGAAUGGAGGAUCUGUACAGUAGUGACCGGACUGGGCUGUGGUCUUCUUCUCCUGGUGGCAUUGACUGCUCUCAUGGGUUGCUGCGUGUCUGAGCUCAUCUCAAGAACAGUUGGCAGGGUGGCAGGAGGAAUUCAGUUCCUUGGGGGCUUGUUGAUUGGGUCUGGCUGUGCUCUCUAUCCUCUGGGCUGGGACAGUGAAGAAGUCCGGCAGACCUGUGGUUACAUUUCUGACCAGUUUGAUCUGGGUAAGUGUGAAAUUGGCUGGGCUUACUAUUGCACUGGUGGGGGAGCAGCCACAGCCAUGCUACUCUGUACUUGGCUUGCCUGCUUCUCUGGCAAGAAACAGAAGCAGUACCCGUACUGAUGGUGCCAAGGAUGGUGCAAGGAGGCCCAGAUGGGAAGCUCCGAGAGACUGAAGAAUGAGGCACCAAGCAAGCUUUGAAAGAUGAAUUCAUGGCUCUUACCUAACACAAUGUUUAUGACGUGAGAUUGAAUGUUCUCAAGGACAUCAUCUGACACAGGGUGGGGGGGAUUAUACGCGGGAGGAGGGGGAUUUAUAAGAGGAAUGGGUGAUAUGGAAGGGGAGGAAACAUAAAUGAUGGACCAAAGUCUAAUAAAAUGCCUCCCAAACCCCCAGAGUAUUACUAGUUGGUUCUAAAAGAAUGCAAUUGUACAUGCAGGAAAUGGUCUUUAGUUGUAACUUUUAAAACUAAGCAAGACAGUAUAUUAAAUGACCAGUGGAAACAGUAUUGGCUUGGAAGGCAGGGUAAUCUCCAGAAAUCCCCUUUGGGCUUGGCACUCCUGAAAGCACACACCCAGGUAAACAUUUAUGCAUACAUCUGUAUUCACGUACACACACAUAUACACAAAAAACAUGGCACAGAUUAAAAUGGAGAUUUAGACAACUUUUGCAUUACUCGUCUUGCUUUUUUAUUGUUUAAACCAGUGUUACCCCAUUAUAAAUCAUACAUUAAUCCUAAUAAAUGGACCAAUAAGCCACUUUAUCAGUAUUUUUGUGUAUUCUGCAUAAAC